CACUAGUACUUCUUUAGAGAAGAAAAAAUCAAAAACUCACAAGUCUCAUAAAGUAAAAGAUACGGACACACCUCCUUUAGUAUCAGUUCCUACUUCCAAAAAGGAAAAGCAAAGUUUAAAGCCCCUGUCACAGAAUGAACAAUCCCGCUUAGAAAAAAUUAUUGAAAAAAUUAUUGAGAAGGUGCUUAAUGAAAAGUUUGGCACUAUUACAACUGCCCCUUUUCAACCAGAAGCUGAAAUUUCUAAAAUACCAGCUGAUUCUGAGGAUGAUGAGUAA